AUGACUUUAUCAAUUUCCAUAUUUUAUCAUCAUCUCCUCAUCUUCCUUGUUAUUCUCUUCCAUGUCCCUACAUGUCCUGCUGUUGGUGGAUCAUGGUCCGUUCUUCGUUCAAGCAUUGGCAUAUCCGCCAUGCACAUGCAGCUACUCCCCAACGACCGUGUCAUCGUGUUUGACCGCACUGAUUUUGGAGUCUCUAAUAUUUCUCUUCCAAAAGGCAAAUGCCGUCCCAACUCAACAGACUGCUCUGCCCACUCUGUAGAAUAUGAUGUCGCGUCAAACUCUAUACGUCCACUUAUGGUACUGACAAAUGUAUGGUGUUCCUCAGGAUCUUUAAUGCGUGAUGGAAGGUUGGUCCAGACGGGUGGCUGGGCAGACGGUUAUCGUGUUGUCAGAACUUAUAAUUCAUGUGACUCAUGCGAUUGGCAAGAGAUACGAAAUGGAUUGAAUCAAGCCAGAUGGUAUGCAACUAAUCAUAUAUUGCCGAAUGGCCGCCAAAUUAUAAUUGGUGGCCGUCAGGCCUUUGACUAUGAGUUCUACCCAAAGAUGUCAGCUACCGAGAGGGCUACAAAUUUGCCAUUUUUGGUUCAGACAAAUGAGCGUAACAUAGAGAAUAACUUAUACCCAUUUGUCUUUCUCAAUACUGAUGGAAAUUUGUUCAUCUUUGCAAAUAAUCGUGCUAUUUUAUUAAACUACAAUAAUAACCAGGUUAUCAGGACCUACCCCACCAUGCCUGGUGGUCAGCCGAGAAGUUAUCCAAGUACAGGCUCUGCUGUGCUUCUGCCUUUGCAAAUAAAACAAGGAAAAGUAGAUUCGGUUCAAGUAUUGGUUUGUGGAGGUGCGCCCAGAGGAGCAUUCGUGAAUGCAAAUAAAGGGAAGUUUGAUGGAGCCUUGAAUGAUUGUGGACGUAUUAAAAUAUCGGACACUAAUCCUCAAUGGAUCAUGGAGACCAUGCCUUUGGCUCGUGUCAUGGGUGACAUGCUGUUAUUGCCUAAUGGUCAUGUUCUGAUCAUAAAUGGGGCAUCGGCUGGUGUUGCCGGGUGGGAACUUGGGAGGAAGCCGGUUCUCAGCCCAGUAACAUACCGGCCGGAUAACAAAGUUGGGUCUCGCUUUGAGGUGGAGAAUCCAAGUACAAGACCUCGAGUGUACCAUUCUACAGCCAUUUUGUUGCAAGAUGGACGGGUUCUUGUUGGUGGAAGUAACCCACAUGACAAAUAUGUGUUUAGAAAUGUGCUUUACCCUACUGACAUAAGCUUGGAAGCCUUUUCACCAUCUUAUAUGAAUUCGAGCUCAUCCUCUCAACGACCCAGGAUACUCUCGCCCCAGACAAGAUCUACAAUCAGCUACGGGAAACAGGUUUCCAUAAAAUUCACAUUAUCAGGUCGUGUUGACCCAAAAUCAGUUUAUGUUACGAUGGUGGCACCUUCAUUUAACACACAUUCGUUUUCAAUGAACCAAAGGUUGUUGGUCCUUGAUAGCACCAACUCUGCCAAAGCGGUUGGAAAAGUUGAUUACAAAGUCAUUGUAAUGGCACCUCCAUCUGGCAACAUUGCUCCGGCAGGAAAUUAUCUUCUGUUUGUGAUCCAUAAAGAAAUUCCAAGUCCAGGUAUUUGGGUCCAUAUGCAGUAA